CGCGUGGCGAGAGGAGCCAAUCGGAAGACGCGACCCUGAGCGGCGCGGCUGCUGGGGCGACGGUUGCGCUCGCCGUUUUCCCAACGGGUGGCCUCAGGAUCGGCGCCGCUUCCUGGGAUGGCCUCCAGCUAUAAGAAGGCGUCCCUGGGAGCAGCAACUCAGAGGAAGAAAGCAGCCCCCAAAACUGAACUCACUGAAGAGCAGAAGCAAGAGAUCCGGGAGGCCUUUGAUCUGUUUGAUACUGAUGGGACUGGCAACAUUGACGUAAAAGAGUUGAAGGUCGCCAUGAGAGCACUUGGGUUUGAGCCCAAGAAAGAUGAGAUCAAGAAAAUGAUCCUUGAUAUUGAUAAGGAAGGGACAGGGAAGAUUACCUACAGUGACUUCUUAGGAGUGAUGACCCAGAAGAUGGCUGAAAAAGAUUCAAAAGAAGAAAUUCUGAAAGCUUUUAAGCUGUUUGAUGAUGAUGAAACUGGCAAAAUCUCUUUCAAAAACCUUAAACGUGUGGCCAAAGAACUUGGGGAGAAUCUUACCGAUGAAGAGCUUCAGGAAAUGAUUGAUGAAGCUGAUCGGGACGGAGAUGGGGAAGUCAACGAGCAGGAGUUUUUGCGGAUCAUGAAGAAAACCAGUUUGUACUGAGAUGCUUGGCACACACUGUGUCUUGAUUUGUUGCCUCCCGUUGGCUGAGUUUGAUUUCCACGGGUUCCUCUUUGGAAGAGAUGAACAACAGCCCGGAUUUUACAAACUUUGUGAGCUCUUUUACGGUUCUCUUUUCUCUUUGUAAAUCCCAACGAUAUCUGCUCACUCCCAGCUCAUCUGCCAGUGUUGUAUACAGCAGGAAGCAUGAGGCCUACUGGCUGAAACCACAGUUUGAAGAAAGCUGUGUAUUUCUACAUAGGGUGCAUGUGAGAAUGGAAUUCCUAAUUUACAUACUGAGAAACAACAUUUCUCUUUUAAAAUAUUGUUGUAAGGAAGCUGUAAAUGGUUCCACUUCAGCUCCUGCAUUUGAUCCAUCGCUCUCUGUUCUUGUCAUCUAUGAAAGUGUCCUGCUUCUGGUUACAAGUAUUCAGAUGUAGUGCCUGCAUUAUCUAAACGUUGAUGUAAAGAUACUGUGCACUUACUAGCUUUUACUCCCCACACCUAAAAAAAGCACUGAAUGUAAAAUGGAUGUAUCUUUAAUACCAGAACUGAUUGGAAGGAUCUUGUAAUAGUUUUUCUAAACAUGGCUUGUGUUGUUAGCUGCGAAAAAGUAAAGCUGAUAUCAAACUUGAUGGCAAAA